AUGUCCCCGGCGACAGUAACACAAACUGACGUCCCCCCGACCUGGACUCCUCUUGACCGUUACCAGAACUGUGAAAAGGUGGAACUCGAAACCAGCACCGAUGAAUUUACUACAGUGAUGUCAUCAAUCUACAAAACUCUGUCAGCGAACAGGUGCAUAGUCAAGCAUGUAUGCAGACUUCAGAAUGCUUUACUGUGGCACAACUACCAAAGUAUGAAGAAGACUCUUCAGAUGGCUCAUGGCACGGAAAUCAUUGAUCAGCGACAACUCUUCCACGGCACAGACACUCUAGAUGUGGUCAACAACAUCUGCAUCAACAACUUCGACUUCAGAGUCAGCGGCAAGAACGCUACGGUGUACGGCAAGGGGGCGUAUUUCGCCCGUGACGCAAAGUACAGUCACAGCUACACCAAAGGCAGAGACAGGUACAUGUUCCUGGCCCGUGUGCUUGCGGGGAAAUACACACUGGGAGACAGCAGCUACACGAGGCCGCCUCCGAGAAAGGGCCACGUCCUGUAUGAUUCAUGUGUAAACGACGAGAAGAAUCCUUCAAUAUUUGUUAUAUUUGAGAGGAAUCAGUGCUACCCGGAGUACCUUGUGGAGUACAGAGAUGGAGCUGUUGAUGAGCCAAGUUCUGUAAAAAUACAACCUGUCAGAGCACGAGCACCCACUGUUGCUAGUUCAAAGGUUCAGAUCAUCAAUCAGACUUCUUCUGUGCAGCCUAUACAAGCUGCACCAUCCCCUACAAAAACACUUGCUGCUGCAUCUCGUGGAAACGUAUUUCUAAACCAGAACCAAACAACAUCUACAUCAAAUACAGUUUCCAGUUCUUCCAGUUCCAACAACCAACGUCAGGUCAACCCUUGGAUGGGCUACACAAAUGCUUCUUCUGCACACACUCAGUCAUCUGUAGAAGGUGGAGCUGUUGAUGAGCCAAGUUCUGUAAAAAUACAACCUGUCAGAGCACGAGCACCCACUGUUGCCAGUUCAAAGGUUCAGAUCAUCAAUCAGACUUCUUCUGUGCAGCCUAUACAAGCUGCACCAUCCCCUACAAAAACACUUGCUGCUGCAUCUCGUGGAAACGUAUUUCUAAACCAGAACCAAACAACAUCUACAUCAAAUACAGUUUCCAGUUCUUCCAGUUCCAACAACCAACGUCAGGUCAACCCUUGGAUUGGCUACACAAAUGCUUCUUCUGCACACACUCAGUCAUCUGUAGAAGACGGAGCUGUUGAUGAGCCAAGUUCUGUAAAAAUACAACCUGUCAGAGCACGAGCACCCACUGUUGCCAGUUCAAAGGUUCAGAUCAUCAAUCAGACUUCUUCUGUGCAGCCUAUACAAGCUGCACCAUCCCCUACAAAAAUACUUGCUGCUGCAUCUGUAGAAGGUGGAGCUGUUGACAAGGCAAGGACAUCAAGGAGACAGUCAUGUGCUCAAUCCCCCUAUUCUCCCACAAAGGACACACCCGCACUUGGGCAAUCAAUCCUUUCUCAGAAAACCUCAACGAAUGAAGGUUUAAGCUCGAAGAACGAACACCCUCAAAAGGAGAUAUCGAGUGAUUCUACAAUGUACACAUCCACAUUCAAGCAAUCUGCCGCAUCUCAGAAGACGUCAUCUAAUUCAGGGUUGAGUUCCUGGAACAACCAGCAUAAAAUAGAUAACCCACGUAGUUCUAUAAAGGACACGUGUGCAUACGGCCAGUCUAAUGCAGGGUUGAGUUCCCGUCAAAUAAACGACUCAGAUAGGAUGACAAAGGACUUGUCAGCAUACGGGCAAUCUUCCAUUUCUCGGAAAACAAAUGCAAGAGUGAAUUCCCUGAACAAUCAAAGUCAGGUCUACUACAAGGUUUUCAUCCACGAAAUAGCUGCCAGUAGAUAA